UUCUAUGGGUAAACAACCCCUCUGAAUGCUGGUUGCUGGCACAGAACGUUACCCGGAUGAGUCAAGUUCAAUGACGAAAUGGCCAAUAAGUGUCGAAGCCACAGAAAAAAUGGUAAUUGCAGGAAAAUUGGCACCUGCCAGCGGGGCGUAAAAUUGUUCACCGGUCACAUUUUUAUAAAUUAGAGAAGCUGGAGUAGAGAAGAGUCAGUUUGGAAACGCAUCUCAGUCUCUACCAACAUGUCACAAAAAUCCUGCUUAACUUUUAUGCUUUUGGCGGCAUCCCUUUUGGCGCUUGCUUCUGCCCAAUAUUAUACACAAUACAAUCCCUACUAUACGCCGAGUCCCACGUUCUCCAGUUUAAACAACUACUACUAUACGACCACGCCAUAUCCUUAUUACUACAGCACCUACACGACACCGAAUCCUUAUACCAAUACACAGAUUCGCAUUUGGCCCUAUGUUAUUGGCCAAUACCUGUAUCCCACCUACUAUAAUACCAACAACUAUAAUCCCUAUGCUUCGUGGGGUAACUCCAACUGGCGGAACUAUUAUGCCAAUAUUUAUGGAUCCAAUUGGGGCAAGAAGUAAGCCUGCAAGGAGGGCACUUGUUUGUUAUUAUUUAUUUUAUAUUUUCAAUAAAACAAUGAUAUUUAUUUAAAAUGAAACUAUGCUUUUUAAAUAGAUUAGGGUUUUGUACAGAUAUAGGUCAAGUUUGGCACUUUGUUAGUCGAAUUUAUUGUGUAAACAUAGAUUUCCUCUUAGCUCUUGAUAUUUCUCAAUAAAAACUGUGAAUGGUGAGAAAUUCCUAUUAAAAAUCUUCCUAUUAAUAACUAGACUCCUCCCUAAGGUAAGGCCCAGCCUUUCACCAAAAACCUAAAACGGAAAACGGAAAUGUAAUUGGAUCGUAUAAGAUACCUAAUUGCUAUAAAAAAAGCCACACAAGAGAUAUCUUUGUUUCUAGAAACCAAAUAAAAAUGUA